UGUCAGUUACCGAAUCGACUGUUGUGUGUGUAGAUUUGCAGAAGGAAAUAGACAGAAAAGAAAAUAGAGAGAAAGUGUGAUUGUACAGUUUUGAUUUAUGUUGACGUAAUUUAUGAUUUUAAGUCGUUAUCUAAGUAGAUGUACAGGAACAGCAAGCUAAGUGACACUAUGAGUCCAAUUUUAAAGUCAUUUUGAAAGUGUAGCAUAUUCUAACAGUUUAAAAAAAGAUGCUUUAAAUAUCAAUUAUUGAAAUGGACUUGCUACAAAUUAAGACUUCCAGAAGUAAAUAUGUCAAGAUGUUUUGACACAACUGAACUUCUGUGUAUUUGGAAAUUUGCUUUCGAAGUUGUAUAGGCUCACAUUUAACGGACUUCCACAAUGAGAUAAAUUUGCAGAUUACUGAAUAUCAGAAGUAUAUAAUCAUGGCUUCCGGCAAUAAUUCAAUGGAUGGAAGUAUCAACAAUGACAACUUGCCUCGGAACUACGUCGGUGGGUCUGCAGAGCGAGAGCGAGGAAGGGACUACGAUGCUCUCAAACAGCAAUGUGAGAAAGCAAAUAGUGAACUUCAGUUACUCAGAAGGCAACACAGCGAGGCAGUACGGCGUUGUGAGCACACGAUGAAAGAUCUUGAUUAUUACCGAGGACAGCACCACGCGGCCAUGACACAGCUGGAGGCUGCGGCUCAGGAGACCUCUACACUGCGGUCCAAGUACGGAGACCUGGCCGCCGACAAGCAGAGGCUGGAACGGGAGUUGGCUGUCCACCAGGAUAGCAACUUAACAGAGGCUGGAAAUACUGACACUCUGAACCAACAUUACAUGACAACUCGCAGCAAGUAUGAGGCAAUCAAGGAGGAGUACGAUGCACUGAGGAAACGCUAUGAUGAUCUGAUAACUUCUCACUCAUCAACAGUCGAUAAACUAGAGUUAGCUCAGGAGGAGAUAGGGAGAGUGAAGAAGAAAUGUGAAGAGAUGAUGCAGGAAAGGAAUGUGGCUAUACGGGAACGCAAUGGUCUGAAACAGCAAUGCACCGCUGCGAUCAGGCAGUGGGACAUUGCCCUCCGGGAGAGGAACGAGUACCAGGAGGCACUGACCAAGGUGCAGCAGCAACAUGAGGAGGCAGUGAAGGAGAUAAAUCAGGCGAUGGCAGUGCGGAUGAAGGCUAACAAGGACAUGAAGCGCCUGACUGAGGAGCGCAAUGCAGCUAUGCAGGAAUAUUCACUGGUCAUGAGUGAGCGUGACUCUGUACACAAGGAAAUGGAGAAACUGUCCGAGGAUCUCACGCAGGCAUACAAGAAAAACAAAUCUCUUGAAAUUGAAACCAAAGAAAUUUUAGAGGAGAAAACCGCUCUCACGUAUCAUAUUGAAACACUAAAAAGAGAAAUACAGUCAGCUCUUCACGAUAGAGACAAAGCGCUAAAGGAGUGCUACGAUCUUCAAGAGAGGUUUGGAGAGUUUACGGCCAAAGAAGAGUCUCAACGUGAAGGAUACAAGUCUCGUUUUGAAUACGCCUACAACAGAGAAAGGGAGGUAGGGAUAAAAGACCCACAUGAAUUACAGCCGACAACUAUGGAUCUCUUUGGGAAAUGUCAAAAGGAAAGGAUGGAUAAUCUUGACCAAGCAAAUCAAGAGUUAGACAAGCUCAGAAAACAUGCUGACAAAUUGCAGUCUGAGUUACAAGAGGCACUGCAAGAAGCGGAGGUGAGCAAGAGAAGGCGGGACUGGGCUUUCAGUGAGAGAGACAAAAUCGUGUUAGAGAGAGAGAGUAUUCGGUCUCUGUGUGACCGGCUGCGGAGGGAGCGAGACCGUGCAGUGUCGGAUCUGGCUGAGGCACUGCGAGACUCGGAUGACAUCAAGAAACAGAGGAAUGAAACUACCAAAGAACUUAAUGUCCUCAAGGAAAAGAUGGAAGCACAGCUGGAGAAGGAGAGCAGGAUGUUACAACUGCACGCGACCAGUCACAACUAUAGCCAUGACUCUGCCAUCGACAAUGACCUGCAGGAGUGGGACACUGAAGUCGUCGAAAUUGAUCUGGUUGGUCUGGCAUCAGAUGAGGACCUUGGGCUGGAUCUUAUUGGUGGGCGAGAUGAUCCUCAGUACCCUAAUGACAGUGGGAUUUAUGUAUCGUGUGUGGCCAAGGGUAGCAUCCUGGAGGGCAAGCUCAGGCCGAAUGAUUGCAUCAUUAGAGUGAACAACCUAGAUUGCACCAAUGUGAGCAAGCGAGUGGUGCUGGAAACAAUGCGCUCGAGUGGUGGAGCUGCGAUCAUCGUAGUGCGACGGAGGAAGGUGGGAGCUCGCAGCCUCUACACCACACAGCUGCAACUGAGUAAUUACGAGCAUGGCCUCACCUUGGAGACAGGAAUUUACAUAUCCAAAAUCAGUCCUGGGUCAUUGGCAGCUAAAGAAGGAAAUUUAGCUGUAGGAGACAGAGUGCUCAGUAUAAAUAACAAAACUAUGGAUGGACUGAAAAACAGCAGAGAUGCCAUGGCCAUCUUGAACGAGCCCAGUGACCUUUUGACAAUCACAACUCUGAAGUGGGGAAGCGGGUUGAUGGACUACAAGAAGACCACACAUGCCACAACUCAGACGGAGAGCUUGUUACGAGAGGGGAUAAUGCGCUAUUCCCCGAAACAUGAUGCCCCACCUGUGUUCAAGUGGAGCAGACGCACCAACAACAAGUGUAACCGUAACUCAUCACCCGUCACAUUCGAACAGGAGCGUGAUGAUGCUAUAGCGGAACUGGACUCUGUCAUUGAGAGUCAGAGUCACCAUCCCAGGAUCCAUCGCCGCACUAAAAACAUCGAGAAGAAUGGGGGAACGUGGCCUAAAGCAAGGGGAGGUCCAGUGAUCGAACACGGCACAGGGACCAUAGUCCACCCCCGGAAGAACAAGGAGCGACUGCCAUUGUCCGUGCUGCUCAACAAUAGUCCGUCGUACACUCUUCCACCGCCUUGCUGGAACGAGCAGAACCGACGCAGCGUAAUGACUCCAUCAGAUGCUAGCAUUGACCUGUCAGUCAAGUCUGGAAACAUUGGUAAGGAGGGGUUGGAAUACUACGUGAAGAAGCGGCCUAAGUAUCUGACCACGGAAGCAGAGAGCACAGCCGAACACAGCCGCAUCCACUCACAACUGUAUGGCUCGCCCCACUACCCCUUCACACCCUUCCUCCAUUCCCACCCCCACCCACACACCAGGUACCCUAUCCCCUCCUCCCAAAGUGGGGACUCCGUCAACUCUCGUUCCUUCAGCUUUGAGCCGACUUUCACCCAGUUCCACCACACCCACUCUCCCUCAGUAGACUCCCAUUACCACAAGGGGGCCAGGUCCAUCCCCGCCGCCCACUCCACCCACCCCGGCUACGAGCACGAAGCCUACCACACGUAUGAAGGUGGCACAUUCCCACGCAAGAAAGAAAACCAACGAUUUAGGAUACCAUCAAACCCAAGUGUUACCAGUAAGAGUAGUGGUGGAAAGGUAUCUACCGGUAGUAUAGAGAAAGCUUCUGAUCGAGGGAGCCCCAUGCCGACAUUUCAUGUAGAAGUUCUCAGCCCUGGACUGCGCCAGAACAAGAGGAACUCCCUGCCUGACUACACUUGGUCUCAUCAGAAACCCUCGCCAGGAGAGCUGCGUCGUGUUCACAUCGACAAGUCCGUAGAACCGCUCGGUAUCCAGAUCUCGUGUCUGGAGAAGAGCGGUGGAGUGUUUGUGUCGACUGUCAGCGAACAUAGCCUUGCAUCUCAAGUUGGGCUGCAGGUAGGAGACCAGCUGCUGGAAGUGUGUGGUAUCAAUAUGCGCAGUGCCACGUACCAGCUGGCAGCCAGUGUGUUGCGGCAGUGUGGCAACUCAAUCACCAUGCUGGUCCAGUACAGUCCAGAGAAGUACCACGAACUGGAAGGCACAGCCAGCUCUAGUAGUGGGGGUCAUACACGCUCAGGUUCGCCAACUCCUCGCAACUCCCCUCGUACCACUCACAAGUCAGGUGUACCACAGCUCACACAACAUCAAAUAUCGCAGGCCAUUUCUACCAUUACCAGGCAAAAAUGUGACAGGCAAACUGAUGAGCCAGUGAAAUCUCCUGUGUAUGAUCCCCGUUACUUGAUGAUAGAGACCCACAAGUGCAGUAACCUUGGCAUCAGUCUGGUUGGCGGGAACGCUGUCGGUAUAUUUGUCCACAGUGUUCAAGUCAACUCUCUUGCGUACAAUUCAGGAUUGAGAACUGGAGACCAAAUCUUGGAGUACAACGGGACAGAUUUGCGCCAAGCCACCGCAGAGGAAGCAGCUUACGAGUUGGCAAAGCCUGCUGACAAAGUUACCGUUCUUGCUCAAUACAAUAUUGACAGAUACAAUGAUAUCAAAGACAAGCCUGGAGACAGCUUCUACAUACGAGCACUGUUUGACCGCCUGGAGGAGGUGGGGGACGCUCUGCAGCUCAGGUUCCACAAGGACGAUGUGCUGUACGUGGACAACACGAUGUUCAAUGGUGUGCCCGGACACUGGCGAGCCUGGCUGGUCGAUGAGGACGGCAACCGCCAACAGUGUGGCAUCAUCCCCAGCAAAUACAAGGUGGAAGAAGAGCUACUCCUUAGACGUAGCUUGGGAGAUCUGGAAGGUGACGCAAGGAGAGCGACAAGACGCAGUUUCUUUCGUCGCAAGAAGCACCAACGAAGUGACUCCAAAGAGUUGGCUAGUUUCUCCAACAUCAACCUGGGAUGGUACAGUGAUUCCGGAACUCUGAACGAGGACACAGCCCUGUGCUCUUACCAGCGGGUCACUCGGCUUAAUGCGGAGCCUGUGUACCGGCCCGUGCUGGUAGUGGGACCGCUCAGUGACUGUGUAACAGAGAAGCUGAUUCAAGACUUCCCGGACGUGUUCACCCGAUGCCUACCGGAGGUGAUGCACUGUUCCCAGACCACCAUGGAGAAGGGAAUCUCAGAUAAUCUAUUCGUUGACUACAGGAAGAAAGGGAGCUUCUUUGAAUGUACUUCCAUUUCAGCGAUCAAAGACAUCAUGUGUGAUAAGCGUUGUCACUGUGUGAUAGACAUCGCCCUGUCUUCUGUAGAGAGAUUGCACAGACAUCAAGUUUAUCCGAUUGUACUACUCAUCAAGUUUAAAUCAACCAAACAAAUAAAAGAAGUAAAAGACACUCGGUACCCUCUGGACAAAGUUACUGCCAAGGCAGCAAAGGAGAUGUAUGAACAUGCUCUGAAGCUAGAGUCUGAAUACAAACAUCACAUCUCAGCUGUGAUCCCGGCCGGAGUGAAUGUGGCGUAUAUGUGCACUCAGAUCAAGGCGGCUGUGGAUAUUGAGCAGAGCAAGACGCUGUGGGUGCCCUGCCCGAACAUGUGACCUAGUGUCUCUACCCUGACCAUAUAGAUACGCACCUGCACUACAGAACUUUAUAGCAAAUACUACUUUAGGUUUAGGUAAUGGAACAGUUAACCAACUCACAUAUUAUGUGUUAUUUAUUGUAAGAUUGAUGACCCUGUACAUAAUGUUUUAUAUAAUAAUAAUUGUAGAGAAAUUAUGCAAAGGAUUUUGGCAUCGGAUGCAUACUAGCAAACUAUGUAAAUAUUGUUCAUUUUAUAUCAAAGUUUUAUUUACAAAAAGUAUGAUUGAUACAAUCAAAUUGAAUGUUGCAUAUAGGAGAAUAUUUAGUACUCAACUUUAAUGUCAUGAUAAAAAUAUCAAAUUCUGUAUAUAUAAAAUCGGUUUAACCUGUAGAAAUGUAAAAAUAUUUGCUAAUUUCUAACAAUUUAACACCGGAAAUUGUUGAAUAAAUUGUCUUAAAUUUAAUUUUUGUAGUUUAUAUUUAUUGGCACUUACAUUACAAGAUAACUUAAACCAGAUUGUUUGUAUUGGGCUUUAUUGUUAAGUAGUUUUUAGAAAAAGGGUGUUAUCUUAGUGCUGGAAUGUACCAAUGUUUAUUGUAGAUUUAAUUAUGUAUAGCUUUAAUCUAGGAUAAAAUCACUAUAUCACCAAAUAGUAAGUGGUUACAUGUUUUGUAUGUAUAUGUUAGUAGAUUUCUAUGUAUCAUUCAAACAAUGAUAUAAACGUGUUUGUAUUAAAAUAUGCAAACAUUACAUUGUACAAUUUUAUGUUGGGCAGCUUUCAUUUGACUGAAUGAUAAAAUAUUUAAUAUAUAAUUUUAUUUUUUAUAUUUUUUUAUAUUUUUAUUAGAAUUAUUACUUAUGUUUCAAUGACAACCAAUGUUAAAUGUUAAUAAUUGCUGUUAAAAAUUUCCAUUAAAAUUUGAAAUAGUAUUUAGUAAUUAUGUAAUGGAUUUAAAAUACAAUUUAUUUCUUUUGUUAAUACAACGAUAAUUUUACAUGCAAAAUUACUUUUUUGAAUAAAAUGUUUGAGAUCUUUAUACCAUAUUUGUACAACACCUGUACUGUAACUUAUAAUAUUGAUAACUUUGGUAAAAUAUUUCAAGAAUACUAUGUCACUUAAAUACUUUGUUAUUACAAUUUUAAUAAUGCUGAUUUACAUUAUUUGUUAGCAAAAUUUGUGGUUGCUGAAACAGUGGUGCUUAUAAAAUGUUCAAUAAAAGUAAUAAUUAUUUGUUAAAUUAAUGGAAGUAACACAUUUUGUCAUGAAGUAAUAAUUAUAAACAUAAUAUUGUUGUUUAUACUACUCUUUUGAUAAUAUUCUGACUGUCAGUACGGCAUCAUCCGUGAAUCAAAUUGCAUUAGGCGAACAAUUAAAUUCCUUACAGUAAUAUUGUACAUUCAUUAUCACACCAGAGGUUUUUUUACAGAUUCUCUGUUCAGAAUAUUGUUCACUGGUUGAGAGCAGUGAUUACUUACCUCGUGGUGGACAGUCCUGACAGUCCUUGCACCCGUCUUGUUAGACUGCCACAGUGUUGGUAGAUUGAUCACUAACUGAAAUCAAUAUUUAUUUCAAACAUAUAAUACAUCAAGAGAAAAGUUCUUUUAGUCAUAAAUUAAUAGUGGUUUAGUUAUUGGUUCAUCGAUAACAUUGAUUAUUGAAUCACUCUGUUUUAUAAACUCUAAAAUGUUCUAUAAGUUCAUAUAGCUUUGCCAUAGUGCAUAAAUUUGCAUAAAAUUUGCUUUAAUUCUUUUAUUUGAAAGACAUUGUGAUUAUUUGGUCAAAGCCUCUGUUAGACAUAUUUAAAAUAAUCGUGUAGUUUUUAGUGAGUGAGCACCAUAUAAUAUUGAUAAUAUUUUCCCCAAACCAGCUUGUGUACAUGUGUAGAAGAUUAAAUACAUAUAUAACCAGUGAAUAAAAUAUAGCUCAGAGGUUGAUAAUUUAUAAGAACCACUUUGUAAUUUUAUAACAAAUAUGUCAUAUUGUAGUAGAUGUUCAACAAUGCUGGAUUAGAAAUAGUGUGAGUGUAAUUUUAAAAGAAGUCCUGUUGUAUUAUAAUAUAUUGAUCGUAUUAUAAUACAUAGUAUCAGAUCCUUUUUUAGUUAAUCUUAAGAAUUACUUGAUUGACUAUUAUAGUAUUUGUUACUUUAAGCUUUUGUAUUUAAAUUGUUGAUUAUUCAGAUUUUACCACAGUUUAUAAUUUUAUGGAAGUGAAAUUCGCACAUUACGGUUGUAAUUGAUUCCUUGCAAUUUUAUGAAUGAAACAUCAGCUUAACAUAAACAGUAGCUUGGUUAAAACAGUUUUUUCCAUCUACAAUACUGGACUGCUUGAAAUUAAUAUUUAAUACAUUUAAUACUAAAAUGAGGUAACAAACAUUAUUUAGUUAUAUAAUGUUUGUAUUGUACAAAAAUCUUGAACACAAAUUGUAAAAAUUAAACGAGCUCCUUUUUUAACUUUUAAGAUUCAACACUUUGUAAGAACCACAUAAUAACUACCACAGUUAAGCAAGCUUAACUUGUGGGUGUGCUGUGUGCAAUAAUUAAUUACACUUUUGUACUGGCA